UGCUCCCAGGACCUCAGAAAGCCAACUGACCAUUGAUCUCCCCCAGAGCCCAAACUAGACUGCAGGUUAACAUGGGGAACUCCGAGAGCCAGUACACAUUUCAGGGAUCUAAAAACCACGGCCACACGAUCCCCGGUGCCAAGCAAAAGCCGUGCUCUCUGAAGAUCCGCAGCAUCCACGCCAAGGACGACAAGUCCCUGCACGGAUGGGCCCACGGGGGCGGCGGCGGCGCGGGCUACAAGUCCCGGUCGCUGGCCCGCAGCUGCCUCUCUCACUUCAAGAGCAGCCAGCCUUACGCCUCCAGGCCCGGGGGGCCCGCCUGCAAGGCCCCCAAGGGCGGCGCCCCCUCCAAGCCCAGGACCAUCGGCCCCGGGGGCGACCUCCGGGCCGCCCACGCCGCCUUCUGCCCCGAGAACGGGUUCCACUACGUUGGGCAGGAGCCGGCGGGAAACCACGCGGCCCCCAAGGACCGGCACGGACACCUCCUCAACUGCUACGCGGGGAACGAGAGCCUCGCCUCCACGCCGCCCAGCGAGGACCAGCGGAGCCCCCGGGUGCUCAUCAAGACGCUGGGGAAGCUGGACGGCUGCCUCCGGGUGGAGUUCCACAGCGGGGGCGGCCACCCCAAGGCGGCCCCCGAGGCCGAGGCCGCGGGCGGGCCGGUGCGGCUGCUGCGCUACUCGCCCAGCCCGGGCCCCCGCGCGCGCCCCGCGCCCAGCCCGCGCCCCUCGCCCGCCCGCUCGCGCCCGCGCUCCAGCAAGGGCAGCUCCCUGAGCUCCGAGUCGUCCUGGUACGACUCGCCCUGGGGCCACGCGGAGGGCAGCGAGGCCGAGGGCCCCUUCCCCGCGCCCGCCUCGCCCGACCCCAGCCUCCCCGCGGGCUCCCCGCCCAGGGACGCCCCGAAGCCCUUCAACCAGAGCGCGUCCCUGUCCUCGCUGCGGGGGCUCGACCCGGAGGCCGCCCCGGGGAGCCGGUGCGGGGCCCGCCUCUCCGAGGAGGACUUGGGCGCGCCCGCCGGCCUCAGCCACCGCGUGUCCUUCGCCUCCGACAUGGACGUGCUGUCCCGCGUGGGGCGCGGGGACCCCGGCCGGUACGCGUCCUUCACGCUGCCCUGCAGGAAGUCCAAGGCCCUGGCGGAGGACGCGGCCAAGAAGGACACCCUGAAGGCCAGGAUGCGCCGCAUCAGCGACUGGACGGGGAGCCUGUCCCGGAAGAAGCGGAAACUGCAGGAGCCGAGGUCCAAGGAGGGCAGCGACUACUUCGACAGCCGCUCGGAUGGCCUGAACGCAGACGUCCCGGGGCCUUUCCAGGCGCCUGCCUCGCUGUGGGCGGGGGGCUCGGCGCAGCUCCUGUCCCAGAGAAGCGAGUCCGCUCACGCGAUCGGCAGCGACCCCCUCCGGCAGAACAUUUAUGAAAACUUCAUGCGCGAGUUGGAAAUCAGCAGGACCAACACGGAGAACAUAGACACGUCCACGGAAACCGCCGAGUCCAGCAGCGAGUCCCUCAGCUCUUUGGAGCAGCUGGACCUGCUCUUCGAGAAGGAGCAGGGGGUGGUCCGGAAAGCCGGCUGGCUCUUCUUCAAGCCCCUCGUCACGCUGCAGAAGGAGAAGAAGCUGGAGCUGGUGGCCCGGAGGAAGUGGAAACAGUACUGGGUGACCCUGAAAGGCUGCACGCUGCUCUUCUACGAGACCUACGGCAAGAACUCCCUGGACCAGAGCAGCGCGCCCCGCUGCGCCCUGUUCGCGGAGGACAGCAUCGUGCAGGCCGUGCCCGAGCACCCCAAGAAGGAGAACGUGUUCUGCCUCAGCAACUCCUUCGGGGACGUCUACCUGUUCCAGGCCACGAGCCAGACAGAUCUGGAAAACUGGGUCACUGCCAUCCACUCGGCGUGCGCGUCCCUCUUCGCGAAGAAGCGCGGCAAGGAGGACACGGUCCGGCUGCUGAAGACCCAGACCAGAAACCUGGCUCAGAAGAUAGACAUGGACAGCAAGAUGAAGAAGAUGGCCGAGCUGCAGCUGUCCGUGGUCAGCGACCCCAAGAACAGGAAAGCCAUAGAGAACCAGAUUCAGCAGUGGGAGCAGAACCUGGAGCGGUUCCACAUGGACCUGUUCAGGAUGCGCUGCUACCUGGCCAGCCUGCAGGGCGGGGAGCUGCCCAACCCCAAGAGCCUCCUGGCCGCCGCCAGCCGCCCCUCCAAGCUGGCCCUGGGCAGGCUGGGCAUCCUGUCCGUCUCCUCUUUCCACGCCCUGGUGUGUUCUCGAGACGACUCUGCUUUCCGCAAGCGAACGCUCUCGCUGACCCAGCGAGGAAGAAGCAAGAAGGGCCUGUUUUCUUCUCUGAAAGGGCUGGACACGCUGGCCAGGAGAGGCAAGGAGAAGAGGCCCUCCCUAACUCAGGUCGACGAACUUCUGCACAUGUGCGGCUCAGCAGUGGAUGGUGCUCCCCGAGACCACCCAUGGGAAGUCCAGACCUACAUUCACUUCCAGGACAGUCAAGGCGUUACCGUGGUGAUCAAGCCGGACCACAGAGUGGAAGACAUUUUGACUUUGGCAUGCAAGAUGAGGCAGGUGGAACCCAGCCACUAUGGCCUGCAACUCCGAAAACUGGUAGAUGAGAACAUCGAGUACUGCAUUCCUGCCCCCUAUGAAUACCUGCAAGAACAGGUCUAUGACGAAAUAGAAGUCUUUCCGCUGAAUGUUUAUGACGUGCAGCUCACGAAGACCGGGAGUGUGUCUGACUUUGGGUUUGCAGUGACCGCGCAGGUGGAUGAGCGCCAGCAUCUCAGCCGAAUAUUUGUCAGCGACGUCCUCCCCGACGGCCUGGCGUACGGAGAAGGACUGAGGAAGGGCAACGAGAUCAUGACCUUGAAUGGGGAAGCUGUGUCUGACCUUGACCUGAAGCAGAUGGAGGCCCUGUUCUCCGAGAAGAGCGUUGGGCUCACUCUGGUCGCCCGGCCGCCAGGCACCAAGGGAACCCUGUGCACCUCCUGGUCGGACAGUGACCUCUUCUCCAGGGACCAGAAGGACCUGCUCCCCCCUCCCAACCAGUCCCAGCUCCUGGAGGAGUUCCUGGACAACUUCAGAAAGGACACGGCAAAUGAUUUCAGCAACGUCCCCGACAUCACCACUGGCCUGAAGAGGAGUCAGACGGAUGGCACGCUGGACCAGGCUUCCCACAGGGAGAAGAUGGAGCAGACGUUCAGGAGUGCGGAACAGAUCACUGCGCUGUGUAGGAGUUUUAACGCCACCCAGACCACCAGCAUGGAAGGGCCGCGGGAGGGCCAGGACCCACCUCCGAGGCCCCUGGCCCGCCACCUGUCGGAUGCGGAUCGCCUCCGAAAAGUCAUCCAGGAGCUGAUGGACACAGAGAAGUCCUACGUGAAGGAUCUGAGCUGCCUCUUUGAACUAUACUUGGAGCCACUUCAAAAUGAGACGUUUCUUACGCAAGAUGAGAUGGAGUCGCUCUUCGGGAGUUUGCCCGAGAUGCUUGACUUUCAGAAGGUGUUUCUGGAGACGCUGGAGGAUGGCAUUUCAGCGUCGUCUGACUUUAACGUACUUGAAACCCCCUCGCAGUUUAGGAAAUUACUGUUUUCCCUGGGAGGCUCUUUCCUUUACUAUGCCGACCACUUCAAGCUGUACAGCGGAUUCUGUGCUAAUCACAUUAAAGUGCAGAAGGUUCUAGAGCGAGCCAAAACGGACAACGCCUUCAAGGCCUUCCUGGAUGCCCGGAACCCCACCAAGCAGCACUCGUCCACGCUGGAGUCCUACCUCAUCAAGCCCGUGCAGAGGGUGCUCAAGUACCCCCUGCUGCUCAGGGAGCUGGUGUCCCUGACGGACCGCGACAGUGAGGAGCACUACCACCUGACAGAAGCGCUGAAAGCAAUGGAGAAGGUAGCGAGCCACAUCAAUGAGAUGCAGAAGAUCUAUGAGGAUUAUGGGACCGUGUUCGACCAGCUGGUAGCGGAGCAGAGCGGCACAGAGAGGGAGGUGACAGAGCUUUCCAUGGGGGAGCUUCUGCUGCACUCGCCCGUGGCCUGGCUGAAUCCGUUUCUGUCUCUAGGAAAAGCCAGGAAGGACCUCGAGCUCACAGUAUUUGUUUUUAAGAGAGCUGUCAUAUUGGUUUAUAAAGAAAACUGCAAACUGAAAAAGAAAUUGCCCUCCAACUCCCGGCCUGCACACGGCUCUGCUGACUUGGACCCGUUUAAAUUUCGCUGGCUGAUCCCCAUAUCCGCACUUCAAGUCAGACUGGGGAACGCAGCAGGGACAGAAAACUCUUCCAUCUGGGAGCUGAUCCACACCAAGUCAGAAACAGAGGGGCGGCCGGAAACCGUCUUCCAGCUGUGCUGCAGUGACAGUGAAAGCAAAACCAACAUCGUCAAGGUGAUCCGAUCCAUCCUGAGGGAGAACUUCAGGCGGCACAUAAAGAGCGAACUCCCCCUGGAGAAAGCGUGCAAGGACCGCCUGGUGCCCCUCAAGAACCGCGUUCCUGUUUCGGCCAAAUUAGCUUCAUGCAGGUCCUUGAAAGUCCUCAGGAAUUCCUCCAGCAGCGAGUGGCCGGGGGAGCCGGGCAAGGCCAGCUCGCUGGACUCCGACGACUGCAGCCUGAGCAGCAGCACGCAGAGCAGCGGCUGCCACCCGGCGGGGGGCGGGCAGGACACCCCGAAACACCCGCACACGGGCCUGACGGAUUUUCCAGACAAUCUCAUCAAAGAGAGUGACAUUCUGAGCGACGAGGAUGAGGACUACCACCAGACCCUGAGGCAGGGCAGCCCCACCAAAGACAUAGAGAUUCAGUUCCAGAGACUGAGGAUCUCCGAGGACCCAGACGCCCCCGCCGCGGAGCAGCAGCCGGGCUCGGCCGGCCGGCCACGAGGGGAGCAGCCCAAACUGGUCCGGGGACACUUCUGUGCCAUUAAACGGAAAGCCAACAGCACCAAAAGGGAGAGGGGAACUCUGCUAAAGGCGCAGACGCGUCACCAGUCCCUUGACAGCCAACCUGAAAAUGCCAACCUCGACCUCAACUCCGUGCUCGAGCGAGAAUUCAGCGUCCAGAGCUUGACGUCGGUCGUCAGCGAGCAGUGCUUUUAUGAGACGGAGCGCCCCGGGGACUCCUAGUGCAGCCUCCAUCGGACGCGGACUAAAGUGCUCCUUUCACUUGUAAACUGGUGGUCAGGUGGACAUUGCAGAAAAACUGAACUGUUCAUUAUUGGGUUUUGUGCAGUAUACAUUUUCCCACAAAAUAGUUGUAAAGAUUUAAGUUAUUUUAAUUUAUUGUGGACCAGAAAACUAGAUUCAACUGGUCAGAAUCUGUAAAAUACUUAGUUUAUAUCCCUUUUGAGCAGGUGUCAAAAUGACUUAGAACCCUUAAAACUGCAGUCUAAUUAUUUUAAUUUAUGUGGGAAAAGGAGGGGAAGUUGUGAUUAAUAGCUUUUAAAAAAGGUCGUCUUUCUCCAUCCUCUGGGCAUUUACGUUGAGCUGUUAGUUUUUGCUUUAUUUAAAGCAGAUUUAAGUUAUUUUAAUGUGGGUUAGGGGCACAAGGUGCAGAAAUUCCAUUUCUGUAAGGUUGUAAUAAUAGAUGCUGUUUAUACUAAACAUGUCAUAUCUAUGCAUAUAUAUAUAUAUAUAUUAAAAGAAAGCUUGUACUGUAACUUGAUU